AUGUGGUGGGAAAUGGACAGUGAAAAUCAAAAGAUCAGCGAACAAGCGCUGGAUACCGGCGACAUUUACAAGGGUUUGUCAUUGCCGAAGCGCAUCGAAAGUCCCUACCAGUUCACCGGAUACGGAUCGCAGAAAGAAGGGCGUAACCCAAUAUAUCGCACCUCGAACGCUGAUUACGGUUAUUAUCCUCCAUGCCCUCACACUGUGCCACACAAAUAUUUUCCCAAAUCACAUAAGUUUACGGGUCAUCUCUACCAGUGUGGAAUGUUCAGAAACUAUUCGCUUAACACUGCCGUGGAUCGUCCGUACUGUAAAUUCAAUGAAUAG